AUGUUCCUGUUGGCUGUCUAGCCUUCAGGGACAGGUCAUGGGGGCCUUGGUUCCCGCCCUGUUAUCUUCCCAGUCACCCUGAUCUUCAGGGGGAGGAAUAGCCUGGGAAAGGACUUGGUCAUAGCACCUCCACCCUAGGGCUAUUGAGGAUCUCACAGUUGUGUGUCUGGUGGGUUCUGUCCAGAGCCCAUUUGAGAGCGGUGGAUGACAGGACAGGCGUAUGUGACCCAGGCAGGCAGCAAUAUUGGGUCAGCCUUCAUGUCCCCUUCUGUCAGCUGGGGCAGCCUGGAAGGAUGAUUGUGGGGUAGGUGUUAUGGGCACGGAAUAGACCUCAGGUGGAGGCUGCAGGGGCUCUCCGGCACCGUAGACACAGCAGGCCCAGAGCAGGGGAGGGAGCCAUGACUCAGGGAGACUCUGGCCCAUAUCCUUGGCAGAUGAGGGCCACAGGGGAAUGGGCAGCACUGUCCAAAGUCCCCUGGGCUGGGUCUGCAGCUGUUCCUGGCUCAGACUUCUUGGUGGGCUGGUCAGAAACAUGCAGUAACUUGGGGCAGUUACCAAGUGGCCAAGCCUGCACUGCUGGGCUGUGUGAGCUUGGGCCAGCUCAGGCCCUCUCUGGGCCCUGCCUUUCUGGGCUGUUCAGGUUGUUCCUUGGGCCUGGGGUGCUAAUGUUUCUGGAUGGGCAGCAGAACCAGUCUGCACUCAGGGCCCCAGGCCAUGUUCCCGGAACACACCUUUAGCAUUGACAGCAGCGUGUGGUGAGGCCCCUUAGGCUGGGUUCUGGCCUAGUGCCAGGGGCACCACUACUCCACCGCCUCCAGAGCCAUCUCUGGGACACUGGCUGUGGGUUCAGAUGUUCUGAACAGGGACAGGGAGAGCCAGAGAGGGAACCAGCCUGGGGCUCACUGGAGGGGCUCGUGGGCAGACAGUGCCCUUUGGAGGGAACUGAGUCUGAAAGGAAGGAAACCCUUUCCCCGGCUCAUAGCACCUGCCAUCCAGGGCCCUCCCAGGGCUGCGUGAACUUUAAUCAUGUGGUGACAGGCCGAGUCACCAUGCCAAGUCACUGUGUGCCUCCUUGCUGCUGUGACGUCAGCCUCCCCAUCCUCCCAGCCAGGCUGGACCUCCGUGAGAGGCCUGCCUGUCCUGCACCCUGUGCAGAUGCCUCCCACUGUCCGCCAGGGCUGCUGGGCACCCCCUGGCUGGUCUCUUGGACUAGCGGGUGCAGCCCAGAACUGUCUUCUGAGGAAGAGGUGCUCUCCCGGGCCCUCACUGUCCCCAGGCCUCAGCAAGGCAAGUGAGGUGCUGCUGUCAUCCAGGCUGGACAGUUCAGUGAUUUGCCUGAGGCCCCACAGCAGAGUUCAACUGGAGACAGAGAAACCAGCUAGAGGCAGAGGGAGGUAACACGGAGUCCCCCAGAAAGGUCUGGGCUGUGCGUGCUUCAGGUAACCUCACUUGACCUUCAGGAGAACGAGAAGGCUGCCUGAUCAGAGAGUCUCUGAAGAAGAUUCUGUGGCUACAGGCUUCAGCAGAGUGUGAGGGAGACCCCGGUUAUUUCCUCAGCUGUUUCCACCAAAUCCUCCUGUCUUUUGUGGCCAACACCCCAGGCAAGGCUUGGGGCCCCUGUCUGCUGCUGGACGCAGAGCCAUGAAGAAGAAGUUAGUGGUGCUGGGCCUGCUGGCCGUGGUCCUGGUGCUGGUCAUUGUCGGCCUCUGUCUCUGGCUGCCCUCAGCCUCCAAGGAACCUGACAACCAUGUGUACACCAGGGCUGCCGUGGCUGCGGAUGCCAAGCAGUGCUCAGAGAUUGGGAGGGACGCACUGCGGGACGGUGGCUCUGCGGUGGAUGCAGCCAUUGCAGCCCUGUUGUGUGUGGGGCUCAUGAAUGCCCACAGCAUGGGCAUCGGGGGUGGCCUCUUCCUCACCAUCUACAACAGCACCACACGAAAAGCUGAGGUCAUCAACGCCCGCGAGGUGGCCCCCAGGCUGGCCUUUGCCAGCAUGUUCAACAGCUCGGAGCAAUCCCAGAAGGGGGGGCUGUCAGUGGCAGUGCCUGGGGAGAUCCGAGGCUAUGAGCUGGCACACCAGCGGCAUGGGCGGCUGCCCUGGGCUCGCCUCUUCCAGCCCAGCAUCCAGCUGGCCCGCCAGGGCUUCCCCGUGGGCAAGGGCUUGGCGGCAGCCCUGGAAAACAAGCGGACCGUCAUCGAGCAGCAGCCUGUCUUGUGUGAGGUGUUCUGCCGGGAUAGAAAGGUGCUUCGGGAGGGGGAGAGACUGACCCUGCCGCGGCUGGCUGACACCUACGAGACGCUGGCCAUCGAGGGUGCCCAGGCCUUCUACAACGGCAGCCUCACGGCCCAGAUUGUGAAGGACAUCCAGGCGGCCGGGGGCAUUGUGACAGCUGAGGACCUGAACAACUACCGUGCUGAGCUGAUCGAGCACCCGCUGAACAUCAGCCUGGGAGACGCGGUGCUCUACAUGCCCAGUGCGCCGCUCAGCGGGCCCGUGCUGGCCCUCAUCCUCAACAUCCUCAAAGGGUACAACUUCUCCCGGGAGAGCGUGGAGACCCCCGAGCAGAAGGGCCUGACGUACCACCGCAUCGUAGAGGCUUUCCGGUUUGCCUACGCCAAGAGGACCCUGCUUGGGGACCCCAAGUUUGUGGAUGUGACUGAGGUGAUCCGCAACAUGACCUCUGAGUUCUUCGCUGCCCAGCUCCGGGCCCAGAUCUCUGACGACACCACUCACCCGAUCUCCUACUACAAGCCCGAGUUCUACACGCCGGAUGACGGGGGCACUGCUCACCUGUCUGUCGUCGCAGAGGACGGCAGUGCUGUGUCCGCCACCAGCACCAUCAACCUCUACUUUGGCUCCAAGGUCCGCUCCCCGGUCAGCGGGAUCCUGUUCAAUAAUGAAAUGGACGACUUCAGCUCUCCCAGCAUCACCAACGAGUUUGGGGUACCCCCCUCACCUGCCAAUUUCAUCCAGCCAGGGAAGCAGCCGCUCUCGUCCAUGUGCCCGACGAUCAUGGUGGGCCAGGACGGCCAGGUCCGGAUGGUGGUGGGAGCUGCUGGGGGCACACAGAUCACCACAGCCACUGCACUGGUAUGUGUCACACCUUUUCUCCCUGGCCGUGCCCAUCCUGCGCAGCCCCCAAGCCAUGCUGAUCACACUCCCAUGCCCCAGGCCAUCAUCUACAACCUCUGGUUCGACUAUGACGUGAAGCGGGCCGUGGAGGAGCCCCGGCUGCACAACCAGCUUCUGCCCAACGUCACGACAGUGGAGAGAAACAUUGACCAGGCAGUGACUGCAGCCCUGGAGACCCGGCACCAUCACACCCAGAUCGCGUCCACCUUCAUCGCUGUGGUGCAAGCCAUCGUCCACACGGCUGGUGGCUGGGCAGCUGCCUCGGACUCCAGGAAAGGCGGGGAACCUGCUGGCUACUGAUUGCUCCAGGCAGACAAGGCUGACAAGCAAUCCAGGGACAAAAUACUCACCAGGACCAGGAAGAGGACUUUGGGGGAUGGGCUUCUCCUGUGAGCAGCAGAGCAGCACAAUAAAUGAGGCCACUGUGCCAGGCUCCAGGUGGCCUCCCUGGCCUGUCUCCCCACUCUCUGGGCCUCAGUGUAUUGUG